AUGGGUUGUUGUAAUCACCUAUUCGGUCACCACGGCCGACGACACUACGAGGGACCCGGACAGGCAGAAGAAGACUACUACCAUCAGAAGAAGCACCGCCCCCUUUCGGCCAGCGAACUCGUCUAUGCCGACAGGAUUCUCAACGAGACUCGCCACCCCACACCUCACCCGCAAUACGCUGAGGACCAGCAGCGGAUAACAGCAUCGCGGCGGACAUCGUGCUGCGAGCCUCUGGAUGACGACCUGUUCAAGACGAGGAAGCAGCUGAGGCGUGAGAAGCGGUCAGACGAGGGCUCGACGUUCCAGGCUGAACUGAAUCAGACACGCUACAGUCUCAACCGGGCCGAGGACCAGGAGGCCCGCUUCUCGCACGCCCAACAGGAGCAGAAAAAGGCCGCAGCCGCCGCCUCACGCCUCGAAUCCCUGACGAAGCGUGAGACUGACCGCGAGACGGUCGAGAUGGCGUAUGUGGCCGCCCGUCUCAGGGAUUUGGCCGACCAAGCCGAGCUCGAUGCCCAACGGGCCCAGACAGAGGCUGACGAGGCCAUACGCCGCUACAGCCUGGCCCACGAAACCGUGAUGAACCAGGUUGAGGCCGGCCCCGAGGAGCGAGCCGACGUGGCAGAGCGCCUACGGUCUUUGGCCGAGCAGGCCGACCUGCAGACCGACAAGGCCCGACACGCUGCAAAGAAUGCCUCACGCCGCCACAGCCUUGUUGAGAACGCCACGCACCAGGAGACGCAACAGGCCGUCGCCAUUGCCUCACGCCUCAACUCGCUCGCUCUUGCCGCCGAAGAGAAGGCUCGGAUCGCCACAGAGGCUGCCGAACUCGCUCGUCGCAAGUCCAAUGCGGCUCUGACAGCCGUCAAGGCCUUGCGUGAUGCCGACAAGAAGCUUCCUGCGCCUCCAGAGGUGCCACCGAGGCAGUCUCCGCAGCUCCAGCAGCAGCGUGGUUUGUUCAAGACCCUUGGCGACGCUCUCGGACUGACGUACGACCCUUCGACGGUGAAACCUGCUUCCCCCGCGCCUGUACCCCAUCGAGUGUCGGCUGACGAAAUGCCCCCCGAGACGGCAACUCCGGCGCCAAAUGCUACCAAGCUUCCCACGGUGAAAGAGGUGCCCACGCCUGUGUCCGAGCCUAACGAUGCUGCUUCGGCCCCAAAACCAGAAAGCACUUGA